AUAUAUUUGUUGUAAUACAGUCCAGUACAAUCAUACAGAAUCUGGAGUGAUUAGUUAGUACGCCAGUUCUUAAGAAUAUCACGAUCUCUUUAAAUCAAUUUCGAAUAAAUCCUAGAUAAAUCAAGUUCCUCGCAAUCAAAAACAGGAAUAUGGCUGAAAUUGAAAGAUAUAUCAACGUUUUCACUAGCGCCAUCGACAGGUUUUCAAAGCACUUGCACAAAGAGUUGAGGAAACACAAUGACAAUAGUUUAUUUUCGCCUUUCGGCAUCCACACAUUUCUGACUCUCCUUUCUCAGGAUUCCUGGUUUUACAACAAAGAUAUUUUCAAUAGAGCAUUGCACCUCGAAGUUAAUACCGCAUCUACACAUUACAAAGACAUGUUCGAUGUUUUUAGCAAUAUUAAUAAUUUUGUGAUUGCUAAUGCGUCCUUCUUGAAGUCGAACCAAGUUCAGGAAGUUUUCAGAAACCGCCUCAGGGAUAAAUUUGCUAGUGAAGUAAACUUCUUGGAUUUUACCACGGUUAUAAACACUUGGAUCUGUGAUAUGACCCAUCAGAAAAUUAUACCAUUUAUCAGUUUGAGAGAUGAUGUGAAUUUUACGUUUUUAAAUGCCACACGCUUUAAAAGUAACUGGACUGAACCAUUUUCCACGGAAGAUACGUUGCCCGCACCGUUUUACUUGAACGAACAAAACGUGGUGCAGGUUCAAAUGAUGAGGAAGAAAGGAAAUUUUUAUUUUGAGAAUUAUGCACCCCUCGACGCAAAAAUUUUAAAAUUACCAUUUGAGGGUAAUACUGUAAGCCUUGUAGUCCUUUUGCCCGGGAAAGGUACAAAUAUUAAUGAAUUUAUACAGAAAAUUUUUUUUGACUAUAAUAUUACACAAUUCAUAAGGAAUAUGACUAAACAGGAGGUGCAUGUUUCACUUCCGAAGUUUAAAAUGUAUGAAAAUUUAGAAUUGAAGCAAUAUCUGAGUAAGAUGGGGUUAGAUGAUGUAUUUCAUGCCAACCUGAGUGACGUGAUUGACGGUGAGGAGCUCACUUGCGAUGAAAUCCAACAGAAAGUGUAUUUAGAAAUAAAUGAAGAAGGAGCCGAAGCUGCUGCAGGAAUGGUAUCGACUGUAACCACAGCUUCCGAUGAGGAGGUGCCUCCCAAGGGUGGAUUAAUUAUUUACGAAGCAAAUAUAUCUUCCGAAAUCACCAACCGUUUUGCGAAGACUAAGGUGGUAUGGAGGGUGAAAAACACCAACAAGAAAGCGGCAGAUGCAGACUUUAAAGUCAUUCUAACCGAUAUGGCUUUCAUUACGGACUUUGUCAUGGAAAUCGAGGGCAAAAGUUACAAAUCAUACAUAAAAGAAAAGAAGGAAGCAAAAAAUAUUUAUAACGAAGCAGUGGCAGGUGGGCAUAGUGCGGGGCUCGUCGAAGCAAAAACGAGAGAUUCUAAGGAAUUUACAGUGUCUGUAAAUCUAGAGCCCGAUUCUGUGGUGGUAUUUUCUUUAACUUACGAAGAAAUGCUCCAAAGGGUCCACGAUCAAUACGAACUGGUGCUGAAUAUUUGUCCUGGGCAAAUCGUGGAUGAUUUAAAUGUUGAGGUUCGCAUUAACGAGAGUCGACCCCUGAAAUUUGUAAAAACGCCACCUCUGAUAUCAGGAAAUGACAUGAAUACGUCGGAGUACGAUCAAAUUCUCGAUCCUCUGUCGGAUAUUAAAAUAAUAAAUCAAAGAACGGCUUCCAUCAAGUUCCAUCCUAACGCGGCAAGGCAAAGAAAAAUGACUCACUUUUUGGGAAAUAAAACAAACGAUGGCUUGUCAGGUCAGUUCGUCGUACAGUACGACGUAGAAAGGGAACCCCUCAACGGAGAAGUACUGCUUCAAGAUGGUUAUUUCGUUCACUUCUUUGCCACGAACGACCUAGAUCCGUUACCCAAGCAUGUUAUUUUUGUGUUGGACACUAGCGGGAGCAUGCAGGGACGGAAAAUUAAACAGUUGAAAGACGCUAUGGUGAAUAUUUUGAGCGAUUUACACAAAGAAGACAUGCUGAGUAUUAUCGAAUUUAACAGUGACGUUAUCAUUUGGGAUGUCGACUCGAAACGAUCAGCUACCGUACCUGCACAUAAAAUAACAGAUUUCAAUGAUCCUUUUGCCUCUUUACAAAAAUGUAUAUUGGCAGAUCCGCGAGUCGUUAGUGACGAUAUUAUAAAAAAAGCAAAGGAGGUUGUUCAAAAUAUUACAGCCACCAGUAGCACCUUCAUGAUUGGCGGUUUGGAAACGGCUUUGUAUCUAGUGAAAACAGGACAACAGAAUAAUAAAGCCAGAGAUCUGAAACUUCAACCCAUUAUAGUAUUUCUAACCGAUGGAGAACCUAACGUCGGUAUUAAUUCAACAGAGCAUAUUACUGAACUAGUAACGCGUUUGAACGUGGAUAUCAAGGCGCCUAUAUUCUCUCUCUCUUUUGGAAAUGACGCAGAUAAAAACUUCCUGAGAAAGUUAUCUUUAAAAAAUUUGGGUUUUUCGAGGCACAUAUACGAAGCCGCCGACGCCUCUUUGCAGCUGCAGGAAUUCUACAAGCAGAUAUCUUCCCCGCUCUUGCACGACAUCAAGUUCCAGUACGAUGCGGAAGUGGCGGAAGUCACGAGGACUUGGUUCCCCAUUUAUUUUAAGGGCUCUGAAUUUGUUGUUGCGGGAAGAUGUGGAGAACAAAUAUUUCCGACUACCAUCCAUUGUUGCGGAUCCCACGGUGCGGUGGUAAUAAGCUCAGCCAUGGAAAAUCCGGCAACGUCCCUGGAAAGACUCUGGGCCUACCUCACCGUGAAACAGUUGUUGGAUGAAAGGGAUUCCUCGGCAAAUCCUGGAGAGUUAAUAAGAAAGGCCGUUAAUUUGGCGCUUAAAUACAAUUUUGUGACAGACGUAACGUCUCUGGUGGUGGUAAAGCCGAACGAAACUGCUCCUGUCGUUGAAAAUCGUUUUUCAUAUAUCGAUCGUAGAGAAAUGUCCCUCUUAUGUACAUCAUUUCCUGAAGUCCAGUGUAGCUUUCGGAGACAAAGAAAACGUCGAAGAAUGGAGAUGGAAGAAUUGUGUGUAGUAUUUCCUGAAGCCCAGCAUACUGAAGAAAUGUGCCCGAUAAAUUUCUCUGCAGCAUCUCCUGUUAACCAGUAUUAUUGUAAUGACAAAGAAAGUGGGACAGAAUCAGACUAUUGCUCUUUAAGUUUCGACAUGUGUAGCAAAUCGAUUGGUGGCCAACUUGAAGGGACAGGAGCACAUAGCGAUUACUUUAUGGAUUGCAGCUUUCCUUACGAAUCAGUUAGUGGCCAACUGCAAGAUAUGGAGUCAUCUGAUCCUGGAAAGAAACCUGUCGAGGAGUUUACAGCCGACCACCCCUUCUUGAUCUUCUUGCAAAUAGAGAGAGACGAUGCUGUUUUGAUACUUUUCCAGGGCUGUAUUUUCAAGCCCAGUUAUUAAUUGCGACCAGCUUGCGCUAUAAACUCUUUCUAAUGGGAAAUACUUCAGUAAGACCUGUCUCUCGAUUGUUAAAGCAAUUUAGAAAUUUCAAACAUCGUUUCUCGACAAUAGUAACAAUGAAAACUCACAUAACGUUCUUGAGUUUUCUUAACAUCUAUCAUUACACUGUGUUGGUAUGACAUUAUAUGAGUCAGUUACUGAUUUCAUAUGUAAACCAAAGCCCACCAGGGCAAGUGUUACGGUUUCGUGUUUAAUUCUCAUUCGAACAGAUUAUCGACUUGCUGGGGUUGCUGGUCAGCUGAUUAGAAAAUGGCUUAUAUUUUGCAGCAUUGGAAAGAAUUUAUCACUUAUGUACGGUGUGUUUUGUUGAAUAAGUUCCAGACUAAUCUGAUUUGAUAGAAUGACAUUUAUCGAUAAAACGAUUCGAUUGCAAAUUGACAUUAGUGUCGUCAGUUGACAGCUACAUCUGUCAACCGUCAACAAAAUAAACAGUAAACAGUCUUUGUUAUUGUUUAUGUUACCGUACGCAGUAAUGGAGUUGUCAUUGGUUCAUUAAUUGUUAAAUAGUAGAUAGGUUGUUUUAUCCUUUACAUAUAUCAUUCAUAACAACGAAUAUUUUUUUAUUGAUUUAGGUACUUUGAUACAGAAUUAUUAAAGCUGCAUAAAUGUUUGUAUAUGAACCUUUAGAUGGCAAUGUAACUCACUGAUUGACAAAACAACCUUACAUUGCUCCCCUCACUCUUCUCAAAUAAUUCCAGUCAUUCCGUUCCAUGUCACACAACCAGAAUAACAGGUCAUUAAGACGACCAUUCUGCAAAAUCAGUUCUGGACUCGAUCCAAUAAAACGCACCUUUAGAUGUAAGGAAGAUACUUUUUUUACUAGUUAGUUAUAAAUAAAUAUAUUUUAUACAAUAUUU